AUGUUUACUGGUUUGGUAGAAACCAUUGGAACGGUUUCAGAGUAUGUUGAGAACGACACCUCCUCUCAAGAAGGCAGUGGUGGUGGAGUUUCCAUUGUAAUUACCGACUGCUCAUCAAUUCUAGACGAUGUACAUUUAGGUGACUCAAUUUGCACCAAUGGUGUUUGUCUCACAGUGACCGAUUUUGACGCGGCGAAAACUUAUUUCAAAGUAGGUGUUGCUCCUGAAACGUUACGGAAAACAAACUUGGGGUCGUUGCUGCAGGGAUCAAAAGUCAAUUUGGAAAGAGCUGUGACCAGUGAAGUUAGGUUAGGAGGACACGUAGUACAAGGGCAUGUGGAUACGAUUGCCACUAUCACCAGAAAGGAACCCGAUGGAAAUGCCAUCACUUAUACAUUUGAGUUGAGAGAUUGCGAAUUUAUCAACUAUAUAGUUCACAAGGGGUUCAUUGCAAUUGACGGAACCUCUUUGACUGUGACUCAUGUAGACGAUACAAGAGCCCAAUUCUCAAUUAUGUUGAUAAGCUAUAGUCAAGAGAAGGUGAUUUUGGCAAGAAAAAACGUUGGUGACACUGUCAAUAUCGAAGUGGACUUGACAGGUAAACUAAUUGAAAAACAAGUUGAGCUACACUUGAAGGCACAGAUUGAGAAAAAGGAUAGUGCAUUGAACAACUUAAUUGCUUCCUUGGUUGAAAAAAAGGUUAAAGAGUUGGUUAAAUGA